AUGAGCUCGGCGGGCCCCUUGGGGCCGGGUCCGCUGUCGGUGCUGUGGUCGCUGUGGGCGCUGUGGGCGCUGUGGGCUCUGUCGGCCGUCGGGGUCCCGGCCCGGUCGGGGCAGGCGGCCCUGGGGCCUCCCGCCCCCCACAACCUCAGCCUCUACUUGAGCCAGGACGAGGUGCGCAGCCUCAUCGGUCUUGAUGCCGAACUGUAUUACGUGAGAAAUGAUCUUAUUAAUCACUACGCCCUGUCCUUUAACCUGCUGGUUCCCAGUGAGACCAACUGUCUUCAUUUCACAUGGCUUUCAAAAUCCAAGGUUGGAUAUAAACUGGGAUUUCAGAUAGAUAAUCCUGCAGCUAUGGAUGUGCCCCAAGUCAACAUUUCUGUUCAGGGGGAAGUCCCUCGCACUCUAUCAGUGUUUCGGGUGGAACUUUCCUGCACCGGCAAAAUCGAUUCCGAAGUUACGAUUCUCAUGCAGCUCAACCUGACCAUAAAUUCUUCUAAAAACUUCACAGUCUUAAAUUUCAAACGCAGGAAAAUGUGCUACAAAAAACUUGAAGAAGUAAAAACUCCAACAUCGGACAGAAACAGCAGCAGAACUAUUUAUGACCCUGUAAAUGCAGCUCCUACCACGUCCACUCGAGUGUUUUAUAUCAGCGUAGGAGUUUGCUGUGCUGUAAUAUUCCUGGUAGCAAUAAUAUUAGCUGUUUUGCACCUUCAUAGUAUGAAAAGAAUUGAGCUGGAGGACAGCAUAAGCGACAGCAGUAGCUCACAAGGUUUGUCUCAGCCGUCCACGCAGACGACCCAGUACCUGAGAGCCGACACCCCCAACAACGCCACACCCGUCACCAGUUAUCCUACACUGCGGAUAGAGAAAAAUGACCUGAAAAGCGUCACCCUUAUGGAAGCCAAAGCUAAGGUGAAGGAUAUAGCAAUCUCCAGGGAGAGAAUAACCCUAAAAGACGUACUUCAAGAAGGGACAUUUGGACGUAUCUUCCUGGGAAUCUUAAUUGAUGAGAAAGAUCCCAACAAAGAAAAGCAAGCGUUUGUGAAAACAGUCAAAGAUCAAGCUUCUGAAAUUCAGGUGACAAUGAUGCUCACAGAAAGCUGUAAGCUACGCGGUCUUCAUCACAGGAAUCUUCUCCCCAUCACCCACGUCUGUAUAGAGGAGGGGGAGAAGCCCAUGGUGAUAUUACCAUACAUGAACUGGGGGAACCUGAAGCUGUUUUUACGACAGUGCAAGUUAGUAGAGGCCAAUAAUCCCCAGGCAAUAUCCCAACAGGACCUUGUACAUAUGGCCAUUCAGAUUGCCUGUGGAAUGAGCUACUUGGCCCGGAGGGAGGUCAUUCACAAAGACCUGGCUGCUAGAAAUUGUGUCAUUGACGAUACGCUUCAGGUAAAGAUCACUGACAACGCGUUAUCCAGAGACCUGUUCCCCAUGGACUAUCACUGCCUGGGAGAUAAUGAAAAUAGACCCGUCCGGUGGAUGGCUCUUGAAAGCCUAGUUAAUAACGAGUUUUCCAGUGCUAGUGAUGUGUGGGCCUUUGGAGUGACGCUGUGGGAGCUGAUGACUCUGGGCCAGACUCCGUACGUGGAUAUCGAUCCCUUUGAGAUGGCUGCUUAUCUUAAAGACGGCUACCGAAUAGCUCAGCCAAUAAACUGCCCUGAUGAACUGUUUGCUGUGAUGGCCUGUUGUUGGGCCUUAGAUCCCGAGGAGAGACCCAAGUUCCAGCAGUUGGUGCAGUGUCUCACUGAAUUUCACGCCGCUCUGGGAGCCUACGUCUGAAACUCGUGGCCGGGGGAGAUGGCGUUUCCAUUUUCCCCUUGGACCCUCUUAUAAACACUAAGUGUAUAAAGCCACGCCAACGGGAGAAAGCCCUUCUUCCAAAACACUGUGCCUUAGAAUGCUUUAGUACUCUGAAGUUUUUAUUUUUUUUUUUAAAAGACCUCUUGAUAAGGUUGAGUAUUUUCUAGAUAUUAUGACUUUUACUAAGACGAAUCGAAAAAAACACUAUUUGUCAAAAGGAUUCUUGGAAACAUAGUAAUAGUGGACUCGGCCCCCAGACGGAUGGACUUUUGCACUCUGACAAAGGACGCAAAUGUUAAAACUUUGUACUUAUAAAUAUUUGGAAUAGCUA